AUGGCGACAACCCUGCUGCAUAAUUCACCGACAUCACCGCCGGCGCUGCCUCACGGGAACAAUAAAGUUUCACUUGUUGAGGUCGCUUCCGCCGGAAGUGGAAAAGGGACGUCCGGGAAAGAGAAGCCGCCUUCCCUAGAUACGUGCCUGGGGUGGGGUUGGGUACGUGGAGUUGAGGACAGUUCCCUCAGAGAGCGCAAGUGGACACACAGCAGAUCUGCCCAGGCUGUGUUGUGCAGGACAGUGGUGGCUAACCACCCCAGUGUCCUGUCCCUCACCCACCCAGGCCUUGCCCAGAAACAGGACAGAGAGUCCCUAGCAGGUGUGAUGAAGACCCUCCGAGCACGGUUCAAGAAGACAGAGCUCCGGCUCAGCCCCACCGACCUCAGCUCCUGCCCACCCUGUGGCCGGUGCCCUAUUCCGAAACCUGCAGCCAGAGGCAGGCGCCAGGGCCAAGACUGGGGCAAAAGUGACCAGCGACUGCUCCAGGCAGUGGAGAACAAUGAUGUGGCCAGAGUGGCCUCGUUGAUCGCCCACAAGGGGCUGGUGCCUACAAAACUGGACCCCGAGGGCAAGUCUGCGUUCCACUUAGCUGCCAUGAGGGGUGUGGCAGGCUGUCUAGAAGUGAUGCUGGCUCAAGGUGCCGAUGUCAUGAGCACGGAUGGAGCAGGUUACAAUGCCCUUCACCUGGCAGCCAAGUACGGGCAACCAGAGUGCCUGAAGCAACUCUUGGAGGCUUCCUGCGUGGUGGACAUUGAGGACAGCAGUGGGUGGACAGCCCUUCACCAUGCGGCGGCUGGUGGUUGUCUAUCCUGUUCAAAGUUGCUCUGUUCCUUUAAGGCACAUAUGAACCCCCGGGAUCGGUCGGGUGCCACACCCCUCAUGAUAGCAGCUCAGAUGUGUCACACAGAUCUCUGCCACCUCCUCCUACAGCAGGGAGCUGCCACAAAUGACCAGGACCUGCAAGGCAGGACAGCCUUGAUGCUGGCAUGUGAGGGGGGCAGCCCUGAGACCGUUGAAGUACUCCUGCAGGGUGGAGCCCAGCUGGGCAUCACUGAUGCGCUGGGCCAGGAUGCCACUCACUACGGAGCCCUGACUGGAGACAAACUCAUCUUGCAGCUUCUACAGGCAUCUGCACAGCGUCCUUCACCUCCCAGUGCCUCUCUAGAGGAUGACUCCGGAGAGGCCUCAUCUCAGAACUCAGUGUCCAGCCAUGAGAAGCGAGGAGCUCCCAAGAAGAGGAAGGCACCCCAGCCUCCAGCCAGCACACCAGUUCCUGAUGAUCGGGAUGCUUAUGAGGAGAUCGUGCGCCUGAGACAAGAGAGAGGCCGCCUCCUGCAGAAGAUCAGGGCCCUGGAACAGCACAAGGAACGGAGGAUGAAGGAGCCCCUGGAGGCGGAGGCCAGCUCAGUGCACAGCCUGGAGAGACAGGUGCAGGAACUGCAACAGAUGCUAGUGGAGAAGCAGGAGGAGAAGGAGAGCCUGGGCCGGGAGGUGGAGAGCCUGCAGAGCCGCCUGUCCCUGCUGGAGAAUGAGAGAGAAAACACAAACUAUGAUGUGGCCACCCUGCAUGAUGAGGAGGGUGAGAUGCCUGACUUCCCAGGAGCUCAUGCACUGAUGUCAAAGAACCAGAGUCCAUCAGCAGAGGAGAUAGUUGCUUCCCUACAGGAGCAGGUGACUCAGCUCACCAGGCAGAACCAAGAGCUGCUGGAAAAGGUCCAGAUCCUUGAGGAGUUUGAAAAGGAUGAGGCACAGAUGGCGGAAGAAAGUCAGCCCGAGGUCGUCCCCUGGGUCUUGUAUGAAUCCUUACGGGUAGAGCUUGAGCAGCUUCGGAGGCAGCACACAGAAGCCAUGCAUGAGCAGCAGAAGCAGCAGCAGCAGCAGCAGCAGCAGCAGCAGCAGCAGCAGCGACAAGAGCCACCCAGGACUCAAGGAGAAGAGACAGCACACCAUGAAAUCAAGGACAAGGGAAUCACUAUCCAGAAUGGACCCAACGUCCCAGAUCUCAAUGGCACCGUGUAUACAGAAACCACAACAAAUGGAAUGGCACUCCAAGCAGGGGCUUCAGAAGCGGCACCCAUAGAACCCGAGGCUGUCGGUUUAGAGGCCGCGGGGGAAGAUGGAAUGGCAGCAGAGGCAAUGGCCACUAGUGCUAUUAUAGCUGAGGCCCUAAAUGUAAAAGCUGUAGGCAACAAUGCUGAAAGUGAGCCAAUGACUGCAGAAGAUACAGGAGGAAAAGAGAACCCAGGAAUGAAAGCUGAUGGGGUGGUUGUGUUGGCACAGGCAGGGCUCACAGAAACAGUGAUUAGAAACAUGGAGGCCACGGGCCUGCGAGAUACUGGAAUUCAGGUAACAGGAGUAGAGGCCACGUCAGUGAAGACCACUGGAGUGCAGGUCACAGUGGCGGAGGUCAUAGGAGUGAAAGUCACAGGAGUCCAGACCACAGCGAUAGAAGCCAUAGGAGUCAACACCACACAGGAGGCCACGGGAGCGCAGGCCAGUUGCUGGCAGGCUACAGAGGCAGACAGCACUGGAGCGCAGGACACAGCUAUGGAGCCCAUGGGAGCACAGGCUGUGACAGAGACUACAGAAGCCGAGACCCCUGUGACAGUGACUACGGAAGCCGAGACCAGCGGCCCGGAGGACCCUAGCACUGCGAUCCUGCACCCGGAGGCGGCGGCGGCGGUGCUGCAGGCCGAGCUGGAGACCCGGAUCCGCGGUCUGGAGGAGGCACUACGCAAGAGGGAGCGGGAGGCUGCGGCCGAGCUAGCGGCUGCUCGCGGCCGUUUUGCAGAGGCGGAGGCUGAGGCAGAGGAGGCGGCGCGGGGGCGGAGCCGCGAGCUAGAGGCGCUUCGGGAAUUGCUAGCCACGGCCACAGCCACGGGCGAGCGUGCACGCUCUGAGGCCGCCGAGUUGAGCCAAGCGCUUGCUGUCUCCGAGGCUCGGGUCGCCGAACUCAGCUCUACUCUGAACGCCGCCCGCGAGGAGCUCGAGCGCACGCGCGGGGCCUCGGUUCCUGUGGACGAGCACGAGCACGCGCUGGGCGCCUUGCGCGACAACGUGACCCGGCUGCAGGCGCAGCUAGCCGACUUGGCUCGCAGGCACGAGAAGACUAGCGCAGAGGUCUUCCAGGUGCAGCGUGAGGCAUUGUUUAUGAAGAGCGAGAGGCACGCAGCCGAGGCCCAGCUGGCCACGGCCGAGCAGCAGCUCCGGGGGCUUCGUACAGAGGCCGAGAGGGCGCGCCAGGCCCAGAGCCGUGCCCAGGAGGCCCUGGACAAAGCCAAGGAGAAGGACAAGAAGAUCACAGAUCUGUCCAAAGAAGUCUUUACACUGAAGGAGGCUCUGAAGGCGCAGCAGUCCACCCCAGCCAGCUCCAAGGAGGAAGAGGAGGCCCUGCGUGGCCAGGUGACAGCUUUGCAGCAGCAGAUACAGGAGGAGGCCCGGGAGCAUGGCGCUGUGGUGGCUUUAUACCGCAGCCAUCUCCUGUAUGCCAUUCAGGCUGCAGUGACUUAUGAGGAUGUGCAUGUGAACUUCUCUCCAGAAGAGUGGUCUUUGCUGGAUCCUUCCCAAAAGAGUCUCUACAAAGAUGUGAUGUUGGAAACGUGCAGGAACCUCACUGCUAUAGGCUACAAAUUGCAAGACAACAACAUUGAAGAGCAUUGUCAAAGUUCUAGAGGAUGUGGAAGGUAUAACACCUGUCAUUGUGGAUACAAGCCUUGUGAGCAUAGGGGAUUUGGAAAGAACCAAUGUACCUUUACACAUAAGAGUUUUCUUCAAACAUAUGAAAGAAUCCACACUGAAGAGAAACCCUAUGAAUGCAGUCAAUGCAGUAAAGCCUAUGCAAAUUUCCGUAGUCUUCAAAAACAUGAAAAAAAUCAUACUAGAGAAAAACCAUAUGACUGUAAUCACUGUGGUAAAGCCUUUCCAAGUCGCAGCGCUCUUCAAAUACACCAAAGAACUCAUACAGGAGAGAAACCCUUUGAUUGCAAUGAAUGUGGCAAAGCAUUUGCACGUCACAGUAAUCUUGAUAUACACAAAAGAACUCAUACAGGAGAGAAACCCUAUGAUUGCAAUGAAUGUGGUAAAGCCUUUUCAACUCGCAGUCAUCUUCAAAUACAUGAAAUAAUUCAUACUGGAGAGAAACCCUAUGUAUGUAAUCAAUGUGGUAAAGCCUUUGCAUAUCGCAGUAAUCUUGAAGCACAUGAGAAAACUCACACUGGAGAGAAACCCUAUGAGUGUAAUCAAUGUGGCAACGUCUAUGCAAGUCGUAGUAGUCUUCGAAAUCAUGAAAAACAUCAUACUGGAGAGAAACUCUAUGGAUGUAAUCAAUGUGGUAAAGCUUUUGCACGUCGUAGUAGUCUUGAAAUACAUGAAAGAACUCACACUGGAGAGAAACCUUAUGUAUGUAAUCAAUGCUGUAAAGCUUUUGCACGUCGCAGUAGUCUUCAAAUACAUGAAAGAACUCACACUGGAGAGAAACCUUAUGAAUGUAAUCAGUGUGGUAAAGCCUUUGCAAGUCGCAGUAGUCUUCAAAAUCAUGAAAAACGUCAUACUGGAGAGAAACCAUAUGGAUGUAACCAGUGUGGUAAAGCCUUUGAAUUAAAGUGUGAUCUUCAAAUACAUGAAAGAAUUCACACUGGAGAAAAACCAUAUGGAUGUAAUCAAUGUGGUAAAGCCUUUGUAAGUCGUCGUUAUCUUCGAAAUCAUGAAAAACAUCACACUCUUGAGAAACUCUAUGAUUGUAGUCAAUGUGGUAAAUCCUUUGCAAUUUUCAGAUAUCUUCAAAAACACAAAAAAACUCAUACUGGAGAGAAACCAUAUAAAUGUAUUCAUUGUGGUAAAGCCUUUGCAUAUCGCAGUAAUCUUUACAGACAUGAAAGAAGUCAUACUGGAGAGAAACUGUAUGAAUGUAAUGAAUGUGGUAAAGCCUUUGCAUAUUAUACUAGUCUACAUAACCAUAAAAAAUGUCAUAUUGGAGAGAAUCUUUACGAAUGUAAUUGAUGCAGUAGGUUUUGGCACAUCAGUGUAAUCUUCAGUUCAUCAAAUAACUCAUACUUGAAAGCAACCCUAUGAAUGUAAUCAAUGGGAUAAUGCCUCUGCAUCUUAUAGUCUUCAAAGGCAUGAAAGAAUCCCUACUGGAGAGAAAUACUAUGAAUCUAAUAAAUGCAGUAAAUCCUUGCACACCAAGCACUUUUUUUUUUUUUUUUGGUUACUGGUGCUCAUGUACAAUUAAUAGAACCAUUUCAUCAUUAAAAUAUUGUCUUGUUUUCAAAUUGUAUACAAAUUGUCAUCCAAGGAUAGAGGAACACAUGAUAUUGAAUAAUAAAUCUUAUUUGCAAAUGAAAACAAUAUACUUCCAUCUAUUUUUAUUGGUUAUGUUUUUUCUGAGGAGUAAAUACUUAUUAACACUUUCUCAGAAAUAUGAAUGGCAGAGAAUUUUCUCAGUGAGUAAAGGUAGCUGCUGUUAAGCAUGAUGACCUGAGAUUAUUCUGGGAGAUCCAUGUUACUCAUUUAAGUUUUUUCCUGAUUAUUAAAUACUUGGGCUGUGACAUGUGCACACUCACACAAACACACAUACAUAGUUUUGAAACUUAAAUAAAGACUGGUGAGUUUACUCACUACUUGAAGGCACUUGCUGCAUAACUUGACUAUCUGGGUUUGAUCUCUCAACCUCAGAGGAAAAAGGGAAUAACCACCUAUAAGUUGUUUUCUGAUUGGCACAUGUGCAUCAUAACAUGUAUUUUUUUAAAAUUCAUUUUAUGUAUAUGCAUACACUGUCACUGUCUUCAGACAUAUCAGAAGAGGGCAUCAGAUCCCGUUACAGAUGGUUGCUGGGAAUUGAACUCAGGACCUCUGAAAGAGCAGUCAGUUCUCUUAACCACUGAGCCAUCUCUCCAGCCUGCACUGGUAUAUCUUACACAGGUAAAAAUUAUUAAAGAUAAAAUUAUGAAAGAAAGAAAAGCAAAAUAAUCAUAUUUUGAGAACAUAAAAGAUGAUUUAUCACUCACAGUUGAUACAAUGUAUUCCAAGAAGUCUUCAUCAAAAGAAUAAGAGUUCCUACACUUGAUCUUAGCCAAAAGGCCGAGAAGCGAUAGAAUAAGGGUUCCUAUUUAAAUCUUAAAUUAUCCAUUCAUUCUUUAUUCAGUGAUAGGUCAUUUAAAAAACAACUCAGCUGGGUGUUGAGUUGCACGCCUGUAAUCCCAGUCUUGGGAGAUGGGCAGAUGUAUUUCUGUGUUUGAGGCUAGCUUGGAUCACAUAGUGAGUUCAAGAUGGCAUAGCUAUGUAGAGAUAUCGUAUCUCAUAAUAUCCAAAACAAAACAUCAAUAACAUCCCUCUUCACCCCAAAACCAAACCAAUCAUAUCUCUCAUGGAUUUUUUUCUAAUAAUCUGGAUGUAUUAAGAAUAUAGUAAUAUUGGUAUCUUUAAAAAACUGAAAUAUAGGAUUUUUUAAAGUUUAAUCCCAGGUAUGAGAAUAUGGGGCUGAUUCACAGCAGGUGAAUCAGUAUAAUUCGUCUAAUGCUCUAGCAGAGGUGUUAUUUUUGCCAGAGGCAGAUUCUUUGUGCAAUUGUGUGACAUUUGUAAUUCUGGGGACUUUUCAGAGGGCAUAUAAAUGCUAAGGCCCUGACAUGUGGUGUGGGUUACUGGUUGUUGGUGGGAUGUUGUUGGGCAUGAUUUGUUACGUAGUCAUGUGUCACGGACCACCUCAGCUGGAAAAAAAUCAUAUAUCCUGAUGAUGAAAAUCAAAGUUGCCCCAAGGAACUUGACAAGUUUAAUCAGAAGGAUGUAGUCUAUUGAUAACAUCACUCCCUUUUCCCCCUCUAUACUUUUUUCUCACCUAUUUAGUAUUAGAGAUUUGAAGGGGUAAAAGAAGAGGGAUGGAGGAGGGUGAAAGAACCCACCAAGUAGUAAGCACCUGCUACAUCUAGACUCACCUCUAGUCAACUAAGUCUGUUGUCCUCACGCUUAUCAAAAGAACCGUGUUAAAAAUAACAAUGAGAAGCAAUUUGUAAAGCCCAUACACAAAGAGAUAACCCACCCACUUCUUCAAUGACCAUGUUCUAGGGACUAUUCAGUACCAGAAAGUGAUAGAAGGCAGAGGCCUAAUGGGGCCUCUUCAUUUUCUGCAUUAUAAUGGCAUACUUAGGGUCCAGAAUGUUGUCUCAGUAGUACUGAUUCUGUUGGGUACCCAACUGUUGUUUUCUAGCACGAACAUCAGAUGAUUCAGAACUAUAAUUCCAGGUGCAGAAGGUCUAAUGCACACUUCUGGUUUUCUUGGACACUAUGUAUACAAAUGAAAGGCACACUCACAGACACACACACACACCCCAUUCAUGGGACUACAUAUUGUAAAACGUGCUUUCUUCACAUGUGUGUUAUUUGUUUUAAAUAAAAAUAAUUUAAUUCAUGUGUA